AUGCCUCCAGAAGAAGGCCAAAAAACUACACCUGCAAAAAGGGCCAUCAAAAAGAUCCGAACCGCCAGUCUAGUAAUCAGCUUGGCACGAGGCUGGCAACAGUGGGCAAGUGACCACAACACAAAGCAAGCCCAAGAGCCCUCAGGAUGGAUGCCCAAUGCAGAAGAACCACCAGCUGAGCCACCGAAAGAAAGGCUAUUAUCAAGAUGGCCAGCUUCUACUAAGAGCGACCAAGAAAAGGGCGAGGAAAAAUCCUCAGGGAAGGAGGUAGUGGCUAACGGGGAUGUAGAAAAAGAUUCAAGUGAAUCUGAUGAAGCUCUCAGAAAGUUUAACAUUAAAAGCAAAGAGGUGACCAAAACCGUUGUAAGUAAAGUCUAUGAAAGAGGAAAUGACAUUAGCCUCCUCAGUGAUAGAUACGAGAAGGAUAAUGGGAGCCCAGAGAUCUGCGGGUGCAAGGAGGAGUCAAGUAAUUUUGACAAAAUCCUUGGUGACAAAAUGUCUCCUACAAGGCGGAGGAAGUGCUCAAAUCUGGUGACAGAGCUAACCAAGGGUUGGAAACAGAUGGAACAAGAGGAUAAAGUCCCAGAGUUGGAGCUACAUAAAUGUCGCAGUGACAGCAUGGAUACGGAGGACAGUGGUUAUGGGGGCGAGGCAGAAGACAGACUCCAGCAAGUAGACGCUGACCACAUUACGAGGAUUAAACGACCCAUGCCAUCACUUGCAAGCAGGUUUACAGAAGAACUAAGCAGCAAGACCCACAGGAAGUACAGUCCUGUUAAUGCUCUGAAGGGCAGAUGGCAAGAAUGGGCAGACCAGCAUGUGAUAACGCAGAAGCUGAAUCCUUUCAGUGAGGAAUUUGACUACCAACUGGCCCAGUCGACACGCCUGCACAAAGGAGAUAAGGGCUAUGGUCGUCCGAAAGAGGGAACGAAAACUGCUGAAAGGGCCAAGAGAGCGGAGACUCACAUUCACCGGGAGAUAAGAGAUAUGUGCUUUAUCAUUGCAACAAUGGCUCGGCUGAGGCGCGAUGGCAAGAUCCAAGUCACCUUUGGGGAACUCUUUGACAGAUAUGUCCGUAUUUCAGACAAGGUUGUUGGGAUUCUCAUGAGAGCUAGGAAACAUGGGCUGGUGGACUUUGAGGGAGAAAUGCUAUGGCAAGGCAGAGAUGAUCAUGUCAUAAUCACUUUAUUGAAAUAA